CUUUUCUGUUCAGUUCCAUUUCGACACCCUGGUCUACAGCGCCCUUAACCACCUCACGCUCUUCCGACACCUCCACGGACCGCGGAGAUGUGCUGCUAUUCUGUUCGCCAUUUGAAUCAAAGGGCCCGUCACCAAACACCGCCAGAGGUUAACGCUUUACACUAGAAAAAACGCCCUCCAAUUAACGUUUCGCCGAAACAACUUUUCAAAAGAUUUAGCAACAGCGGAACCAGAAAGAAAAGGAAAUGCUGCGCGGCGAUAAUGCAAGGAUGCGAGCUGCCUUCCUCCCCAGCCUACUUUUGUAUCGGUGCCCGUAUCAAGUUAUCUUCACGAGCUCUGCUACUUUUAUUUACCUUAGUUCCUCUCUCGCUCUCUCGCUCUCUCUCUCUCUCUCUCUCUCUCUCUCUCUCUCUCUCUCUCUCUCUCUCUCUCUCUCUCUCUUUUUUUUUUCUUUUUUUUCUUUUUUUUUUUUUAUGGCGCAUAUUUAUGUUCGCACUUUCGUAGUUUCUGUGUUUCUUGUAAACACCCUUGUUCUUCACCUUACAGCUGGCAAUAUGCGAAUUAUAGGUGGGACUAGGGGGGGGGGGGGUUUAACGUGGUAGGCGAGAGUGGUGACGCCCUUGUUAGAGUGGAGAAUGGCUGCUGCGAGAACAAAGACGCGCGAGAUUUCUGUUGAACCUUCAGCUGUUUUUGCAGCUUGCGCAGUAAGAAUAAUUUCAGGGCAUGAUCAUCACCGCGCGGUUGACGUACUUCAGACUUCUUUAUUUGCAAUGGGUGUAACGUAAAUCGGGACCUUCUGUUGGCCAAACCGUAAUCGGUGUUUUGUGCUUGCUCGGGAGGCCUCAAGUACGAGCGGCAUUUACGUCAAACUGCGUCGUUCGAAGCAGAUUUCAAGCGCAUGUCUGUAUGGCCUGUCUUGUUUCUACGCUUUUCACUCUCAGGAACAUACGCCUCCAUGCAUGAUGACGCACAAAACAGACACAGACAGAGGGAAAACACAAAAGCUGACAAGUUAAACGUCAAAGAAGAGGGUCUUAGCUCAACUUGGCCAUAACUGUGCUGCAAUCAUCUAUUUUGGGCAGGCCGAUAGCUAUCGCGUUGAGUGCGAGCAGGCCAUCCUUGUGCACAGGUGGUGUUCACCCUGGAGGCCCGCGGUACUCGCGCUCCGUGGUUUCUGCACACUGUGGUGGUGCAGGACAUGCUCGAAGACCUGGUCUGGGUGUUCUUCGUCGAGCAGUGGCUGCAGCCCGAAGGAGCAGAUCAGGAUUCCCCCAAGAGUUUCCGCUUCCGGCCAGCCGACGGACAGCAGCAGGCAGACUUCUGGACGCUCUUUCGGCGCCGUCUGCAGCGACAUUUCUUCACGGGCCACACGUGGUUCAACGUGAUCGCGCGCUACCGCAGCUCCAAGUUCACGCGCGCCCAGCGCGUCACCUGCGCGCUAUUCGUCAUCUUGUCGGCCAUGAUGUUCAACGUCAUGUACCACGACGUGGACACGAGUUCGGACGGCGAGCACCUCAGCUUCUUCGAGGUGCCCGUGCACCUCAACGACUUCCUGCUUGGGCUCCAGGUGAGCCUGGUGACGGUGCCGCUGGGCGUGUUCGUCAUCUUCGUGUUCAGCAACUGCCGCCCGCGGCCCCUGAGCGCCGCGCCCGAGCGCCGCCGGCCGCGCAUCUCGCUGUUCAGCUACCUGGACAACCUGUCGCACAACUACUCCGAGUCGCGCAGCGAGCACCGCACUCAGAUGCUGCAGGAGUAUGCACGGCUUGUGCGCGAAGGUCGACGGGGCCUGCUGCCCUGGUGGUUCCAGCUGGUCGGCUGGGUGGUGGCGCUCGCCGGCUCCCUCGUGUGCUCGGCGGUGAUCUGCCUGUACGGCUUCUCGUACGGCGACAAGCGCUCCAAGGAGUGGCUCUUCCGAUCGCUCACGGGCCUGCUCCACAACGAGAUCAUCCUGGAGCCGCUCAAGGUGAUCCUCAUCUCGGCCUGCCUCGCCCGGCUCAUCCCGAGGCCGCCGGAAGUGGACGACUACAGCCUCCGCAACACGCUCACCGAGCUGCCGGAAGACCUGAGGCCGUGACGCGUCGUGUCGCGGUCGAGGAAGCGCGGACUGCUCGAAGAACUGUGGCGCAGUUUUCUGUGCGCGUUUCCUAGAAUGGAAAUAGACAUUUCGGCUCAUUUUCAAAUUUAGAAUAAGUAACAAAUGAUUAACGUACCCGUCGCUGUUGUAGAGAUGGCUUGACCGCCUGGACGGUUUUCUGGCGCGUUGGGCCACACAUUUCUGUGUUGCUCAAGAUACUUAAUCUCACGCUUGCUGAAGAAUGAAUGAUUGAAAGAAUGAAAGAAGGCAAGAAAGAAAGAAAAAGGAAGAAGGAAAGAAAGAAAGAAAGAAAGAAAGAAAGAAAGAAAGAAAGAAAGAAAGAAAGGAAGAAAAAGAAAGAAAGAAAGAAAGAAAGAAAACAUAUAGGGACUGUUCGAACGAGUACAUCAGAACGGGUGCCAAAACUUCUUAUGCGUCUUUUUCGGUUGGUGUCUUACACGUUUAUUUCGCCUUCAGGGCGUAUCAGUAAUUGUGCGAAGUUCAAUCAAUAGUUGCAGAUGGGGCAAAGCGAAGGUAACUCGAGCCCCACAAAGGACGCACAGGUUGUAUGCCACGUUCUACAGUUGUCAUGAGACAGUUGCGGUGCUGAUGUAGAGAGAUAAGUAGGUUAUCGCCGCUUCAAUAUUUCAUUGGCACUUUCCUAAUGUCCUUCUUGUUUUGGCCACCAGUUUGUCGGCCCAUCUCCAAGUGAGGUGUGAUUUUGUGUUGUUAUAAACGAACAUGAGCAUCUGGCAGAAGGUACCAGCCAUUUUCUGCAGCUCGGCUUACGCGACGUGUAUGACCAGACACCAUUUCUUUCUAAUGACGCCCCCUGAUUCUAGCGAGAAUCUCGUGUCUAAAGAUCAAUGCCCUCUUAGGAGUGAUUUUAGCUCUAAUUUUGAUCGCCAGUGAAAUCAACGCACUGUCAAUGAAUAGGCUGCCUGGAUUUUGAUGAAGGGCGGGCGCUAUACCAAAACGAGCAUGACGGCUUCCCCUUGGACAGAUCGAAGAUGCACACGGAAUCAGGUCACUGUGCCACGCCCGAAGGUCUUAGGCCUUAGGGCAUCUUAUAUAACUGUUUAGGGAUGACGGAAACAAACAGGAAUAAAGGCAAAAUACGGCUCCGUGAAAUGUGAAGUAGACGGCAAAAAAAAAAUAA